GAGCAUGGUAAUUUCACCCCCGGCAUGUCUCGUCAGCAGGGGAAACCCCUGCUCUGCCCUCCACAAAGCCUGAUAUAACCCGCAUCAGCAUCACCGUGCCAGAGGGAUCUCUCACACUUUCCCCCUCCGUGCUGUGUUUCUACCAUCUCUUCUUCUUCUUCUUCUUCUUCUUCUUCCUGGUGAUGGGCUCUGGCUCUUCACACUCCUAUACUACCGCAUUACAGAGCUUACCGUCGCGAGCUCUUUCCCACCCAUGAUCCCAAAAUAUGACUCUGUAGUUGCCCAAGAGUAUUUCAAAUCCUGGGAAGAAGAAGAAGAAGCUGUAGCUAUGGGAAGCGGCAGGGUCUAUCCCAAUUCUAACGCCACCGUUUUACUUCAAAACGACAGACCUCACUGCUCAUCGCAGGUUCUUGAAUCCCUUUGGAUCAGCAGCUCUUCCCCCACUUUCCAUGGGUCGACUUCCAUGGUGAGCUUCGAGAGUGUUGGAGGCGGGGACGCAAUGGACGGGCCUUUCUUCCAAGCGCUGAGCAAAGAAGAGAAUGGCGACGAGGAUUGCGACGAGUGCUAUCACCAACGAGAGAAGAAAAGGCGUUUAACAACCGAGCAGGUCCAGCAUCUGGAGAAGAAUUUUGAGGUAGAGAACAAGCUUGAACCAGAGAGGAAGAUCCAAAUCGCAAAAGAGCUUGGGCUGCAGCCUAGGCAAGUUGCAAUAUGGUUUCAGAAUCGGCGCGCAAGGUUCAAGACCAAACAGCUGGAGAAAGACUUUGAUUCGUUGAAAUCUAGCUAUGAAAAGCUCAGGACAGACCAUGACAACCUCGUUAAGGAAAAAGAAAGAUUGAGAGAUGAGGUUGUUUUGCUGAGAGAUAAACUGCAGCACAGAGAGAAAGGGUUGACAGAUUCAGAGCCUCACAGUCCCAUCACCUCAUCACAUGCAGAACAUCAGAAAUUCCCAAUUCCCAAUAAAGGUUGUUGUGAAAAUUUACGUGAUGUGCCAGUGGCAGUCUGCAAGCAGGAAGCCGCGAGUUCAGCCAAAAGUGAUGUUUUCGAUUCUGACAGUCCACACUGUGCAGAGGGGAACCCCUCAUCGUUGUUAGAGCCUGCGGAUUCUUCUCAUGCUUUUGAGGCAGCAGAGCAGUCUGAUUUUUCUCAGGAUGAAGAAGAUAACCUCAGCCAGAGCCUUCUGCCGACGCCAUACUUCCCAAAGCUUGACUACAAGCAGCAGCACUCUUAUUACCAUGACCCGGCUGUUAAUCCCUGUAGUGCUCUGGGGUUCUCGGCUGAGGAUCACCCCUUCUCUUUCUGGCCUUACUGAGUUAAUUGAUCACCAUUAAUUUGUCACAUAGGCUAGCUCCAGCAUUUCUGAGUACUGCAAUUUCAAGUGUCCUGCUGUAAUUAUGGUUAAUUAUUAAGCAAUAAUAAGUUUGUGGCGUUGUUCCCUGUGUUA